AUGAUUAUAGCAUCUUCUUUUAAUGAAGCAACAGAUGAGAAUUUUAUAAAAUACAGUAAACAUAAUUAUGCAUAUAUUUUUUCAAAAGAAUGCAAAAAUAAUAUUUCAUAUAAUAAAAUAUUGUAUUGUGAUAUAUUUAAAAAAACAAUGAAUUCAACAGAAAGUAAAAUAAGUACAUGUUAUGAUGAUAUAAACAUUAUAUUUAAGAACUCUAAAUUUAAUUAUAAUAUAACAAAGCAUGAAAUAAAAAGUAUAAAUGAAAUGAACAAUGAAAUUAAAGUAAAUGAUAAUUUAAAUUGCACGUUAAGAAUAGUAAAUUCUGUUUGUAAUAAAGAUAAUAUAAGUAAUGAAAAAAAUCAAGAUAUUAUUAAAAGUUACAUAUGUAAUAGUGAUAACAAUCCAUUGCAAAAUAUAAAUAAUAAUCUUGAUUACCUAAAAUCAAAAAAUAAUAAAAACACCGAUAUAAUAGAUGAUGUAAAUCAUAAUGCAUAUGGAAAUAGUAGUAACACAAUUACUGAUAGUGAAAAUAUCACUAUUCAUAAUAAUUGUAUAAAUAGAAAUAAUGAAUUCAAUAGUUAUAAAAAUGAAGAAUUAAAAAAAAAUAAUUUAAAAAAUAAUCAUUUAAUUAAUAAAAAUAAUAAUAUCAUAAAUAAUAAAAAAAAUAAUAAUAAUUUGAAUAAAAUUAAUUCAAAUAGUAAUGAAAUGAGUAAUUUAUGUAGUAGCAAUAGUAUUAAUAGAAUAAAUUUAAAUGAUGCUGAUAAUUAUGAAAUUCAAUUAAAAGAAAAUAAUAAAAAAAAUGAAAAAUUGAAUUGUAGUUUUCUUUUUAAAGAAAAUACAACAGAUGAUAAUGGAAAUAAAGAAAAUGAUAUAAAUAAUAGCAAGGAAGAUAAUAAUAAUAAUAAUAAUAAUAAUAAUAAUAAUAAUAAUAAUAAUAAUAAUAAUAAUAAUAAUAAUAAUAACAAUAAUAGUAAUAACAAUAAUAGUAAUAAUAAUAAUAAUAAUAACAAUAAUAAUAAUAACAAUAAUAAUAAUAACAAUAAUAGUAAUAAUAAUAAUAAUAACAAUAAUAGUAAUAAUAAUAAUAAUAAUAAUAAUAGUAAUAAUAAUAAUAAUAAUAAUAACAAUAAUAGUAAUAGUAAUAAUAAUAAUAAUAACAAUGAUGAUAAUAAUAAUAAUAAUGAUGAUAAUAAUAAUAAUAAUGAUGAUAAUAAUAAUGAUAAUGAUGAUGAUAAUAAUAAUAAUGAUAAUAUUUCGAAAAAAAAACUCUCAAAUAACUUAGAUUUGAUUGAUGAAAGCAAAGAAAAUGAAGAUAAUAAAGAUAGAAAUUUGAAUUAUGAAAAAGAAAAAGCUAAUGAAUUUGAAACUAUGUUUUUAAAAAAUUUAGAAGAAAUAAGAAGUUUCGAAAGAGGAGUGUUGAACUUAACUGAAGAAGAAUAUGCAUAUAUAUCAAAUACAGUAAAUUCAUUGGGAUUUCGAUUUAUUGAAAUUCCUAUUGAAAAACUUAAAAAUGAAAAAAGAAACACCUAUUCUUCUAUAUCUAAAAGGCAUUUAAAUGAAAUCAAAAAUUUACGCUGUUCUUUAUCUAAUAAUAUAUAUGAUGCUGGAAAGAGAAAAUCGAAAAAGUCAUUCGACAAAUAUUACUCAAAAGAAGAAUUAGGUAGUAAAGAAAAUGACAAAGAUACAAAAAAUAUAUCAAAUGAAGAUGAUAAAAAAUGUAAUACAAAAGAAUCAAAUUAUAUAAAUGAGAAAAAUAGUGUAACUCAAAAAUAUACUAAAAGUGGAAUGGUUAAUGCAAGAUCAAAUGAACAUGAAAAGAUAUAUAAUAAAAGUUUAAAAAAAAAUGAAACAGAUAAUAAAAAUUGUAAAAAUUCAUAUGGUUCUAUAUCAAAUGUUGGAACAGGAAAUAUGUCUAAAUGUUCUAGUAAAAAAGAGGAUGCAAAAGAGAUGCAAAAGAAAAGGCAAAGAAAUAUUAGUUUACAAUAUGAUAAUUUGAAUGAAGAAUAUGAACAACACAACAAGACAUAUAAAAAAAGAAAUUAUAAAACAAAAAAUCCUUGGAAAAAUUAUUGUUUUAAAAUAUUACAUAAAUUAAAAAAAAAAGAAAGUAGUUGUUGGUUUUUAAAACCAGUAAAUCCAGAAUUAGAUGGAGUACCUAAUUAUUUAAAUGUUAUUACUUAUCCAAUGGAUUUCGAAACAAUAGAAAAAAAAUUAUUAAAUAAUAAAUAUGAUAAUCCAUUUGAAUGGCAACAAGAUGUAAGACAAAUAUUUUUCAAUGCAUUUACUUACCAUAAAGUAAAAAAUGAUGUUUGGAAUGAUGCCUAUAAAUUAGCUAAAGAAUUUGAUAAAUUAAUAAAAGAAAAUUCAGAAAUGAAAAAAAUAUUAAAUGAAUAUACAAAAAAUACCAAUUCUAUCUAUCUAGAUAUGAAACAAUAUAAUGAAAUAUUAAAUGAUAAAUAUAGUCAUGAUGACAAUAAUAGUAGUACAAAUAGCAGUACUAUAAGUAGUAAUAGUAGUGAUGAUAUGAGUACUGGUAAUUAUAACUAUCAUAAAAAUGAUAGUAAAAACUUAGGAAAAAAAAAUAAUAUGAUAGGAUCAUUAAAUAAUAUGAAUUCAAGUCAAAUAUAUCUACAGCAAAAUAAAAAUAAAAAAGGAGAAAAAAUUAAUAAAACUAAUAAAAUUACAACAAAUGCCCUGAAAAAUUCCCGUGAAAAUAAUAGAAAUAAAAAAGAAAAUUCUCUAACAGCAGAUGAUAUUGAUUUUGAUCCACCAAGUAUGGGAACAAUUCCAGAUCCACCUGGAAUUCAAAAAAUAGGAAUUAAUGAUAAAGGUCUAAAUAAUUAUCAAGUAAAAUUACUUUUCAAAAAUUUACGAAGAUUAGCACCAAAUCAAAGAAGAGCAGCAUUAGAAAUAAUACAAGAUGAUUUAGGUAUAUUGGCGGAGAAUCAUAUGUUUGAUAGAUAUUUUACAUUCGAUACCGAUUUAUUAUCUAUUGAAAAACAAAAAAGAAUCUUUCUGUAUAUUAAUCAUAUGGGUAGAAUAAAUUUGGAACAAUAUAAAGCUUCUUUAAUAUCAUCAGAACAAAUUCCUAAUUGCAAUAUAGGUAAAGGAAAAAUAUGUGGUAAAAAUAUAGGAAAUAAAAACUAUUUGAAAAAUAAUACGCAUUAUGAUAAACAUAGAACAAGUAGAUAUUCAUCAUCGUCAUCUAACUCUUCUGAUUCAUCUUCAUCAAACUCCUCAGAUUCCUCUUCCUAUUCAACAUCCAGUGAUGAAACUGAAUCAGAAAGUGAUUCAGAUAUGGAUUCAGAUUCUUACGAUAAAAAAAAAGUAAAAAGGCAUUUCUCCAAUGAAAGAAAAAAAGAAAUAUCAAAUAGAUUUUUUGAUAGUAAUAGAAGAAAAUCAUUGCCUCAAUACAAACCGGUGGAUGAAAAUAAAAAAAAUUUAGAAAUUAGAGAAGAUGUUAUGGGAAUGCAUGCUGAUUUUUUAGCAUCUAUGGAUACACCAAAAAAUCAAAAGAAAAAUCUUAAAAAUUCAGAAAGUGCUUGGCCUGAAUGGAAAGGACAAGUUAUUCAACAAGCCAUCUUAACUCAACAUCAAACUAAUGCUCCAAUAAAUAAAAAAGAAUUAAUAGCUGAAGGAUAUGAUGCUAAAAUAUAG